AUGGUACGGUGCUUCCUGAUCCACACCGUGCGCCCUGUCAGCGCUUUGUCAGCCGGGGAGAGUCGGCUUCUUUACUCCCGGCUCUUCGGUCCAGACGAGGCUGCGCUGACUGAGAGGCAGCGCGCGCUCAGCCCCGAGGAGCGGAGACUGCUGCACAAGGAGAAGAUGUCUGCGGUGGCCAGGCAGGUCAGGAGUGCCAUCUCUCUGUCCCGGGAGGCUUCAGGUCGGCUGCUGGUGGAGACGGUGCCAGGUGAAGAGGCUCUUGCCAUGCAGGAUGCAGAUAGUGGAGUGGUGCGUCUUAGAGCAAGAGACCCUUUCACAGCAGAGAUGAGCGCCUUGUGGCUGGGGGUCCAGAGUCUGGGCUUCACACUGGUUUGUGAGCCUCAUGAGAACUUGCUACUGGCUGAGGGAACCUUGAGAAACCUGACACGACACUGCUUGGAGAACUUACACAUGCUGGGGCAAGGCAGUGAGGCUCUGGGAGAAGCGAUGGUUAAGGAAGAGAAGUUGCCCGUGAGAGAGCAGUCGGCUGAGCAGAACGUCGAUACGGCUGCUUUUCAGCAAGACCUGCAGGAAAAGUGA